AGAGAAACCCUUUGAAUGUCCUAUCUGUGGAAAAAUUUCAGUCAGAAUUCCAACCUCAUGAGACACCAGAGGACUCAUACAGGACAGAAACCAUUUGAAUGUCCAGACUGUGGAAAAGGUUUUAGUGAUAAUUCCAAUCUGGUGAAACACCAGAGAACUCACACAGGAGAGAAGCCCUUUGAAUGUCCUGACUGUGGAAAAGGUUUUGGUGAUAAUUUCAGCCUGGUGAAUCACCAGAGAACUCACACAGGAGAGAAACCCAUUGAAUGUCCUAUCUGUGGGAAAACUUUCAGUCAGAAUUCCUACCUGGUAAUUCACCAGAGGACUCACACCGGAGAGAAACCAUUUGAAUGUCCAGACUGUGGAAAAGGUUUUAGUGAUCAUUCCAAUCUGGUGAAACACCAGAGGAUUCACACAGGAGAGAAGCCCUUUGAAUGCCCUGACUGUGGGAAAUGUUUCAUUACAAAUACCCACCUCAUGAGACACCAGAGGACUCACACAGGAAAGAAAUCCUUUGAAUGUCCUGAUUGUGGGAAAUGUUUCAUUACAAAUUCCAGCCUCAUGAGACACCAGAGGACUCAUACAGGAGAGAAACCCUUUGAAUGUCCUGACUGUGGGAAAAGUUUCAGUGAGAAUUCCAGCCUGGUAAUACACCAGAGAACUCACACAGGAGAGAAACCCUUUGAAUGUCCUGACUGUGGAAAAGCUUUUAGUGAUAAUUCCAACCUAGUGAAACACCAGAGGACUCAUACAGGAGAGAAACCCUUUGAAUGUCCUAUCUGUGGGAAAGGUUUUAGUCACAGUUCCACCCUUGUGAUACACCAGAGGACUCACACAGGAGAGAAACCCUUUGAAUGUCCUGAUUGUGGGAAAAGUUUCUGUGAGAAUUCCAGCCUGCUAAUACACCAGAGAACUCACACAGGAGUGAAACCCUUUGAAUGUCCUGACUGUGGAAAAGCUUUUAGUGAUAAUUCCAACCUAGUGAAACACCAGAGGACUCACACGGGAGAGAAACCCUUUGAAUGUCCUGACUGUGGAAAAGCUUUUAGUGAUAAUUCCAACUUUGUGAAACACCCGAGAACUCAUACAGGAGAGAAACUCUUUGAAUGUCCUGAUUGUGGGAAAAGUUUUAGUCGCAAUUCCUAUAUGUUUGUACACUAGAGGACUCAUACAGGAGAGAUACCCUUUAAAUGUCCAGUCUGUGAUCCUUACUUCAAGCAUAAAUCCCUUA